CACAUUCCGAAAUCUAGGAGUCUUAUUGUCCAAAUAGGUUCUAGGCCAGUAUAUGGUCUUGCAGAUCCUCAUUUGGCCUGUUUAUUUGCUUUUCCAUUACUCAAAACUCCUUUAUGUCCUGGCACACAAAUCAGACCUUAUGGGCGGCAGUUUCUUCCUCCUCAUUGCAUAGCCUACGAAUGGUUAUUUUGGUCCUACGUCAUUGAAUAUACCCAUGUUUUGUAUGUGUACAAAUUCCGGUGACCAGAACAUAUCCCUAGAUUAUGUCUCAUUGUGGUCAUCAUUGAAUAUACCCAUAUUGUGUAGGUGUCUAGUGUUAGUUACCAGUAUGUAGCCGUAUCACAAACUUGUAUUUUCCCCUUUUUAACUGUAAUGUUUGCCAGUUUUAGUGAGGGUUCUUUAAUCAUGAUGUGAUGACUAGAAAUUUAUUCGAAAUUUUUGCACAAGAAUCUUACUUGAUCGAUCGAUCUUGUGGUUAGUUCAACAAAUAAGAAAUAAUAAAGGCGAGGGAUAUAAGAGAUUGAUUCCCGUUGGAUGUUGCAUCCCCGAGUUUUCUUUAAAAAAAAUGUACUGCAUAUUAUAAGAAAGAUUCCCUCCAAUUGUUUACAGCUUCCUUUUUCACAUUCUUCGUCAUUAAGAUAUUUAAAAGACCGCUAGGGUCACGGAGUCGUGCUCUGCCUGAAAUAAUUGUUCUAGGUGUCUACCACGGUCGCAAUUCUUCACAGGCGAGCUACGAGAUGACACGUGUGGACAAAUUCGGGUUAUUUAUCACAUUUUACUAUAUUGUCAUCAUUACAUCAGGAGAAUGGAUAGAACUUCCAAAAUUAAGCCGCCAAGAUAUUCCUUCUUCAUUUAAAAAACAGUCACAAGAAAGACUAUCGCCAAACAUUUCCCUUUUCCGUAUGGCGUCUACAAUGCAACCAACCAUUCUUCUAGAAAAUGACGAGGAAAAUUAUAGCUAUGAAUACUCUAAUCAAAGCUACACAUUCUUCGACCCUAAGCUUGAAUCUGUACUUCUUAAUGCUCACCAUGUCCUCGUUGAAGAAGCACAACACCCAAUCAGGCAUAAGCUUAGAUUUUUGAAACGCCUUCAAAAUAACAUUCUAAACCAAAUAUGGAGGCGCAGUCAGUUGUUAUGGACUGCGGAUAAUUUAGAAGGAAGGGGACACGGGCACAUGAUGAGCUUUCCUUCAUUGGAAAGUGCACUUAUGACAAUUUCAUUUCUUACUUUUGCUGCCUUUUUAAUCAAGAUUGUUAAGCAAUUUCUUCAAGGGCUGCAGGGUGCUAAUGGAAACAUGGUAGGCGUAGAAUUUCCAGGUGCAGCAGCUCCAGCAAAAGUUGUCAGACAAAGAAGAGGUUUAAAUUAUGAAAAUUUAGAAGUAGCACAACUUCUUCAGUACAUAAAUCAAUUGAAGACUAACCACAGACCUUGAAAAUUAUGACCAUGUGUCUACUUUUGUCACGUUUGAUGAAUUUGGUUUACUCUCUUAUACAUUAUGAAACAAAUUUGGAUUAUGAAGCUACAAAUGCCUAAGCAUAAUGUAUAUGAAUUGAAAUUUGUAAUGUAAUGUAAAUAAAAUAUUUAAAAAAUGUCUUAGAAUGUGUUUCGUUUAAAUAUAUCCAUCACAUUUUCAAUCAUUACAAUUUUUGUACAUUUCCUACCCGUUUUGAAAUAACUUGUGUGUCUAUUCAUGGAGUGAUACCAACAGUGUAGAUCCACUUUAAAUUUAAUUAGGUUAAAUGACAAAUAAAAUAAAUUCAUGAUGAUAAUAUGUUUAUUUCAGAACACUAUUAUGUUGCAGUUUAGAACAAAAAGUAAAAACGUUGGAUCAUUAAACAGCAUCUGUUGUUUAAUAAAUACUGAAUUUUACCGCAAAAUUCAUUGUGCAACAUUUGGAAUGUUAUUUACAAUUGUACACAUUUAAAAAUCACAAUGAUUAUUUAAUUUCAUUUAAAAUACUUUCAGUGGUAAUGCUAAAAAUACUGAACUAAGGCUACAAGAAACAAUAUUUUAGAUGGGAAUGUAACAAGAGCUUGAAAUCAAGAAAAAAUAAUCUAAUAAAUUUAAAUCAAGAGUAACCUAAAAACACCUUUAUUAUUUGUUAAUACAGUGACUAUUAAUUAACAACAUUUGAUAUUGUACAUAAAUUCAUUCCUCGAGUUGUGAAAGCUUUGAAAAUUUGACCAAAUAAAAUAUACAUUUAUGAAAAUACCGUAAAUGGUUGUUGACAAUGAUAGUAUUGCUUUAUUCAUCGAACUGCCUAAGCAAAAUAAUAUUCUCCAAGAUCAUAACAGCAAGUUUUGAAAAUAAAUUUUUAACUGCACAGCACAUUAUAUACACAACUGGAAUCAAUUAAAAUAACAUAACAGACAAUUUAACAAUAUAAGCUCUAUAUUCCAACCAUACAACUGUUGAGAUGUUAUUAAGAAUCAUUCUCUUUCAAUAAUAACUCAACGACUUUAAAAGUAUUUGUAUUAUUCUCAACAAACAUAAAAUUCCAUUUAAAAUUUAACAAUUCUUUUUUGACAAGCCAAUUCUGUAUCUACAAAAAUUACAAUAAAACAAUCUAGUAAUUAUUUACAACAGUUUAAAUGCAAACUAUGACCGUUUACACGUUCGAUUUGGUUAUCAAAGCAUAUUAUAACCACCGUUAUAAGGUGUUGAGUGUUGUAGAUUUAAUUUUUCAUAGACAGAAUCAAAGGACAAUUUGCAAGAUGAACAUAUGUUGAAUUUUCUGACCGCCUUGGAAAUCAUAUUAUGCUUUAUCACCUUAUUUAAUUAUACAUUUUAAAAGUAUUUCCAAC